AUGCCAACCGGGCAGGAUGCAUCUGAAGAGGCCAAUCUAUCUAGGGAAGCGUCCACUGGCCGGCCGCCUGCGAAGCGACCACAAGAAACUAUCGAGUCAUCCUCCAGCCCGGGCGAGUCUUCAUCCACACCGCAGAAAAAGCGACAGAAACCCUCUGUCUUUGAUCAGCGCGAUCGGGUCGCAGUGAACGAGCUAGCGUCAAAGCCGGACUUGAUCAUGCCGUCGAGCUUCCAGGAGGAGAGGUCAGAAACCCACCUUGAACACAUAUAUCACAACUUCGACCGGUUCAACCGUGACAAGGUGGCUUCGGCUAUUCAGGGGAUGCAAGUGGAGCUGUCCAUUGACUUGGUAUCGCCGCGAAGACUUGGGAUUCAGAAGUCAGUGGACCUACUUCUAAGCUUGCCAAAGAAGUACAACUAUAUUCCAGUGGUCAAGUCACACACCAAGGCUGUGCACCUCGACAUCAAGAGACAUCCUACUGUGUGGUCAAUGAUGGCUAAACAUCCCACCCAAGCAAAGGUUCUAAUGAUUUACAACCUCCCACAAGAGGAAUAUUCCGAAAGAGAAGCAACAACUAUUUGCAGCUCUCUGGUGGAGAUCUUGAACCGAUGGCCAGCCGAUUUGUCUCUAUUGACGAAGUCUCCUGAAGGCUUCAAGAGCGGUUCUUUCCAUGCCCGACUUCUCACGCUCGCCUGCAGACACAAGCAUCUCCCCGACAAACUUGUUGUUUGUCCCCUUCCUGCGUUCAGACAAGCCAAUACUGGACCCAAGGCUCGUGGGGUCAAACGUGAACCGCACUUUCAGCUGUUCAUAUCAUGCCUUCACCCAGUAACGUUCAAGCAGCGUGACGACAAGAAGGAGGCGGGAUCUCGAGUGGUCGGUUCAGGUGUGUCUAUUCCCGAGCCAUCGGACAAGUAUCAGUUUGUCGUUUACGACACAAGGGGGGGGAUCAAGCGAUCUGUUACCAAAGCUGCCCAACAACCUGGUCAAACGCCGUCGUUCCCCUCGGUGCUACCGCCGCAGGAGGAACUCGACCUCACGAAUGAGGUUCGAGAGGGACUCUACAAUGCCGAGCGCUUGCUUAGACUAUACUCAGCUUCCAUCAUGAAUCAAGGCGGCCUGAUUGAUACUCAGGGGUGUCUGAAUAUCUGGAAAAGCAUUCUUGAGAAGUACGGAGGCCUUAUCCAGAAGAAAUCGGGCACCAGUCGAGGAAUCUUUGGCGGAUCAGACCUGCUUCAGGUCUACCCACAGCACGCUAGCCUUCAUUCAAUAAUCAGUCCUGGGGUGACGGUUGAAAACAAGCUACGAGAGUCAGAUGAUACCUAUCGUCUGCCAAACCUGACUAUUCGCUCCAUCGAUCGUUCUUGGUCACUCAGUGUUGAACAGGCCAUAUCCGAUGCCUGGUUAUUGGAAGGAGAUAUCCUUAAGGCUUGGACCCGAGGCGCUGAAGCUGCAGAUCUUGUCAAUCAGGCUAUUCGAGAAAAUGAGAGACCGCCCUCUGCUUGCGCGUCCGGACGGUAUAUAUUCGAGUAUCUUUCUACUGCGAUGCGGAUCAAGUUAUCUAUCGAAAAGCGAGCAAGUCAAGGGAUCAUUAACCAAGCUGAAUAUGAGGCUAUGGUCGAGUCUUGUUUCGAGGAAUUGAAGAGAAUGCUCCCAACCAAGGCUGAUACUGAUCGGGCCAAUCUCUCUUUCGGAAGCUCCUGGCGCGACACAUACUCAGGACGCCUUCAUAGUCUGCCGACUGACAACACCGCUCCUACACGCACACAGCCUGACAGACCUAGCAUAGAUGCCGUUUUCCCAGCAUGGCUGACACAAUUUGGCUACCGCAUGCAUUGCCCAGGCAAUCUGAAGAUCACGGUCCAGGCCAUGAACUACACCAAACACGUGCAAAUUCCAGCAUAUUUGGCUAUGCUAUGUUGGUAUGCACAUGAGCGGAGUAGAAUUGAGCAUAAAUACCAUCCAAACGUGUGGAGCGCCGAUGCGCGAACUGAAUUUGAUAUUCUUGAAGCCAAAAUGGUGAAAAUCUCCAAGAGGCUCCGAAUAAUCCGGUUGACAUUCGGUUGGACAAAGAUUCGGCGUCUUCGCGCUAAGAAGACGACCAAGGAACAAUUCCUCAUUGAUCUGGCGCCCAUAAUUUCUGGUCAAUCCCAACCAGAGCUCCAAAGCUCAAUGGAGAGACUGGAUAAUGUAUACAAUUUUGCGAGGACUGCACAUGAGUUCAGACUUCCGGAAAGUGACCGGGCACGUAUCAGGACUCUUGUACAAGAGAUUCAAGAUUUCUUCGACGUCCAGCUGCCAACGGGUGCGGAUGGUUGCCCAUACUUUGCCCAUCCUGAUACAAUGCCGGAAGUCUGGAACUGGCGAAUUGCUUUUCGGUUGUCUAACGAAAGACUCCUACGCAUGAAAGCCGCUUGCAACAGGUACUGGCCUACUUACGACACGGUAGAGACGAUAUUCCUGGAAUGCAUAUUCCAAGUGUGCGUCAUCAGGUGUGUCCUUAGGAGUGUUGAUGAGUUCUAUGAACUAAAGAAACACCUUAAGGCUAAGUAUGUAUCCAUUUUGGGUCUUCCUCUUGCUAUCGCUUACCACGAUGGCUUGACGUUUUCUGUUGGGCAUGCUCAGCAUGGUCGCGGAAUGUUCACGGGCUGGCCUGCAAAGCCCAGUCGACUGGAUGAGCGUCUCGACGCCGACGAAUCGAACAACAUCCGCAUUGAAACUCGGUCUGAGAACUUUCUGAAGGCUGAUUACGAUGAAUCAACCUACUCCCAGCUGAAGCAAAUGAUCAUGGACAUUGACCUUCCCAAGGAUGUCUAUGACAAGACUCUGAAGCCGGGUAAGUUGUCAAAAGAAGACUUUGAUGCUCUCAAGUGGGACGGUGAGGACGUCAAUGAUGACGACCUUUAUAACAAUGAAAUUGCCUUAUUCGACCCUGAAUUUCUGCAGACGGAUGAAUCCGAGACACCCGAAGCUUCGAAAGUGCCAAUGACAGAGGGCGAGGCCUCCCAGGCCCCCGAACAACGGGCGACUGGGGAGACUGUUCCACUUUCAACUGAACCUUCAACUAAAGCACUUGGAAAGAUGCCGCUCCGCGUGAAGUCGAAUGAGACCGAUUACAGUGAAGGCCUCUCUGCAGGAGAAUUGGACAGUGAGUGGACCACGACAAUGUCGGGCGUCGCUGGACUAGAUAAGUCGAAUUCUCAGAGACAGUUGACAUCAAGAAUAUCUUCUAUCGAGUCUCGUUACAGUACCGGAGGGCUCUCCCCCGAGACUAUGGAGCAGAGCUGGUCCGAGAUUAUGGGCAACGAGAUGGAAACCAAAUGGUCACAACUCAUGCAGACCAUCGAGGCUCGCUCAAUUGACGUAUCGGCAGAUCGGGGUCUUGGGGCUCUGGUGGACAACCUCCGCAACGCAAAGGAGAGUGGAAACGAAGAAGCCUUCACGGCUAUUUUCACGGUGAUCCAGCAGGAAUUAUCUUGA